AUGGCCGCCACCCAGGAUUUGAGCAUAGAGUUGUGGACAAAGCCCCUACAGGAGCUCCCAGGGCCGCCCCCUGUGACCCCUGCGCCGCCGCCAGGAGGCAAGGAUCGUGAAGCGUUCGAGGCCCAAUACCGACUCGGGCCCCUCCUGGGUAAAGGGGGCUUUGGCACCGUCUUCGCGGGACACCGAAUCACAGAUCGACACCAGGUGGCCAUCAAAGUGAUCCCACGGAAUCGUGUGCUGGGCUGGUCUCCCUUGUCAGAUUCAGUCUCAUGCCCUCUCGAAGUGGCACUGCUAUGGAAGGAUCUCUUUGACUACAUCACAGAGAAGGGACCGCUGGGUGAAGGCCGAAGCCGCUGCUUCUUUGCCCAAGUAGUGGCAGCUGUCCAGCACUGCCAUGCUCGUGGAGUUGUCCACCGUGACAUCAAGGACGAGAACAUCCUGAUAGACCUCCGCCGGGGCUGCACCAAACUCAUUGAUUUUGGUUCAGGUGCCCUGCUUCAUGAUGAACCUUAUACUGACUUUGAUGGAACAAGGGUGUACAGCCCCCCAGAGUGGAUCUCUCGGCACCAGUACCAUGCACUCCCAGCCACUGUCUGGUCACUGGGUAUCCUCCUCUAUGACAUGGUGUGUGGAGACAUUCCCUUCGAGAGGGACCAGGAGAUUCUGGAAGCUGAGCUCCACUUCCCUGCCCAUGUCUCCCCAGACUGCUGUGCCCUAAUCCGCCGGUGCCUGGCCCCCAAACCUUCUUCCCGACCCUCACUGGAAGAGAUCUUGCUGGACCCCUGGAUGCAAACACCAGCUGAAGAUGCACCCCUCAACCCCCCCAAAGGAGGCCCCACCCCAUUGGCCUGGUCCCUGCUGCCCUAGGCUUGGCCAGGUCCCCACUGGCAGAAUAGCCGUCCCAGGGCUAUGCCAUAGGGAUAGAUGGACAUCUGUCGAUCUGGUUUUACAGGUCACUACAAAUCCAGUAUUAUUAAGGUCCUAGAUUGGGGGGGGUCAUGGGUCAGAAGACAUAAGCCAAGUCUGCCCAGUCCCUAUCCCAGUCAUGUGAAGGAGUCUUCCACCCAGAAUCUGUGCUCCCUUAUUCAGAAGUGGGCAGGGUGGGGUGGGGGACUUCCCUUGUUUCUCAUUUUGCUAAGGAUGCCUAUUUGGUUGAAGUUACUUCUGAGCCCUAGAACUCCCAUAACAUGUAACCCCUAUACUGGCACCUCUUAAUACCACCACAGACUUAGUUCAAAUGCUCUUACUUGGGCAAAGGUGCUUUCUUUCCAAUACCCUAGCAGCUUUUACUUUUAGCAGGGGAACCCUAACCCCCCCUAGCUUAGGGUCCCAGUUUUUUGUCAAGCUGCUUGUCUACCUCAGCCCAGGUUUGCUUAUUCUGGGGGAGGUAAUGCCCUCUUGUUAUCCCAGGGCUCUUUUUUAAAAAAUUUUUAUUAUUUUUAAAUUUUUUGGUGAAGGGACUCUACUAUGUUUUCCCAAGUGCUCUUAUUCUGGUGAAAAGAACCUUACUUAUGUGAUUUUGGAAGGAAUGAGAGAUGGGUACCACCAGGCACCACCAGAGUCUAGAAUGGGAUGGAUGGUUUUGGGGGGGAUGGGCUUGGGAAAAUAAGUCUUGCUGUUUGUUCUCCUGGGGCCCCUCCUCUCCAACUUUUGCAGAUUAUUACUGCCUCCUCUUGAGCCAGGAUUAUCCAGUUGCUAAAAUGUAAAUACUUAAUCAAUCGUGGUGAGGGGAGCUCUGAGUGUGGCCUCCUUUCCCUUCUCUUCCUGCCUGGAUUAUUUAAAAAAGCCAUGUGUGGAAACCCACUAUUUAAUAAAUGUAAUAGAAUCAGAAGUGACUGGUGUCUGUAGGUGCAAAGCAUUCUGGGGCAUCUACUGUGUAUCUAACCAAGAGAGGUGGACUGGACCUUUUUACCUUCAGGUAAUCUUCAGUCUUACUGCCAUCCUAAAGAGCUUUGGUGGGUUCAUUUGAGCUGGACCACAAAGACA